ACAUGUAGAAGCAAUCAUAUUUGCUAAACAUUAAUGUUCAAAGAGAAGGGAACGUGUCCAUGGUCUCCCAGGUACAGUUCAGACGUGCGGCCUCUUGGUUUUACCCACUCCACCUGGCAGUCUUCGUGAAACACACAAGAGACAUGGCAUGGAUUCCGCCUUGCAGAUUUUGAGGCCGAAAGUCAAGAUGUGUAAAGUCCUUUAAAUGGUGCCCAAACUAUCGGGCUCGGAGUAGGAUGCACGGUUUGGUCGGAAGAGGUUGAGUAUAUUUAAACUCUGCCCCGUAGGUUACCUAUGAAGACAGUUGGCAAACUAUGAAGAAAACUUCCAAGAACAGUAAUGCCAAGGUUCCCGGUAUGGAAUUGAAUUCCGACGAUGCUGAAAGGGGGAGAAAAGAGAAUCAAAGUAACUUUGUUGACCUGCUGCCCCUGGAAGUCACUUUUAACAUUUUCAGCCAGCUAGACAUUCCGAGUCUAUGUAGCGCUUCCAGGACGUGCACAAGUUGGAACCGUGCAAUAAGAAACAAUGACUCCUUAUGGAAACCUCACUGCUUGAGCAUAAGAGCUGUGUGCCAAAGAGAAGUAGAUGAUGAUAUAGAAAAUGGUUAUACCUGGAGGGUAAUACUCCUGAGAAAUUACCAGAAGAGCAAAGUGAAAAACGAGUGGCUAAGCGGCCGAUACAGCAACAUCCGUUCUCCCGUUAGCCUGCCAGAGAAGGCCAUGUGCCCGAUGGACGCAGAUACGUGGGGGGAAAUUCUAGAUGCAGAGCUGGGAAGAGAAGUUGAAAAGUUGCAAUAGUUUGACGCCACGUUAUCAAGAUCACUCAGGCUUCGGGGGACUUUUUAAAAUCUGAUAAUGUCCUUGUCAGCCUUUUAAAUAUUUAACAUUUAAAAGAAAACAAAGUUGAACAUGAAACUUUGUUUAUAUUUUUUGCACUUUAGUUAAAAAAAAAUGUUCUGGUCUUAUACUGUAGGAAAGUCAUGAAAUGUUAUUUUUAUAAGAAAUAGUAGACUAAUAGAAUGAUUUUGAAAUGUAUUGUUCCAUAUAUUUAUGUUAGAAUAGUGCGUUACUUUAAGUAGUAGAAUUUACCGUUGUUUCCUAUUUAAACUUUCAAGAAUUCAGGGGAUUUCUGAAGAACUUAUUUAAAGAUCCAUCAUAAAUUAAGUAUAGAUAUAUACUCAUAGGAGUAAUACUGAAGUGAAUAGUUGCGAUAGGUUUAAAUUGAUAAUAAAUUUACAUGUUAGUAACUUAACAGUUUGCACUGCAGUGGAACAGAUUGAAUUGUCAAAUAGUGAAACUAUUUUAAAAUGUGUUAAACCUAUAGUUUAUUUAAACUUGUCUCAGACUAAGAUUUUCAUUAUUUUUUUACAAACCUGAGAUUAGUCUCAAAGACUGAGAAUGUGUGGAAAUCUUCAGGACAUUUCAUGGCUUUUAGAACCACCGAAGGCUUUAUUUACCUUAUCAAACGUGUUCCCAACACUUGAUAGCACCACCUAGUGGCACUCCUGGAUGCUUCUCCUUACUCAUUAGGGAAAAUUACUCUCCAAGCCCUGUUUGACCUUGUUAAAGUGUAUCUUUCCAAGGAGGAACUUUUUACCCAACUUUGUUCACCUUUUUUUAUAAGAGGAUACUAUGUAGCACAUUCCAUCUACACGGUUAGUCUACCUGAAUCUGUAAAACAUAAGAAGGUGUCUACAAAUAUGCUCAUUUGUAUGGAGUCUUCUGUAGCUGUAUCCCUUGCCUUUUGAUUGCUGUAUCAAACACCAUGGGCAAAACCAGCUUAUGGAGAGAAGAAUUCAUUUGUCCUAUAGUUCCAGAGCAAUAUGUGUCCAUCACUGCAAGAAAAGCAU